GGGACUUUGCACGUAAUUCCGUUUUUCAACACUCAUUCCAAGUUCAUAAAAGAAAGAACCAGCAACCGGCCGCCAACCCUCCACCCCACCAAAAAAAAAUGAAAUACCGACACAGACCAACUUCAGCCAAACUCCGACUUGACACCCUCUUACAGAAGGCGCGGGAUCUACCGUCCGUUCGCCACAGACGACGGUGGGUGCGGUUCAAUUUCUAGUGUGCGUCGUCAUUCAUGUCAUAUCCCCACUCUCUGCUCCUCUUCCUUCUUACCAAUCAGAUCUCUCCACGUAUCCAUACUCGGCCCUGCUCCACGUGCCCAUCGCCAGCCGCGGAUCUAUUGCGCCUGACGCCGUCAACCUCUUCCGUCAAACUCGAAGCACCCAACUGGAACGAAAUUGGGUAUUAUUGAUUCUAAAAACUCGAAUAAAAGCAAUAUAUAUUAUUUAAAAAUAUAUCAGGCAUCAAAACGCCCGUCAAGAGGGUAUCGCCGGUCGGCAGAAACCAACCCUCUCGUCGUCCCCUCCCCCGAGAGAGAGAGAAAAAAAAAAUUUCCCACUUUUUCCCCUUCCUACCGCCUCCCCUUUCCCAUGGAGGACGACGAUGACGCCCGCUCCGAGUCCCCGUCCAAAUCGCCGUCGCAGUCCCAAUCCCCACCGCCGUCACCGCCGACACAGCUCGUCUCUGUAGUGGCGUCCUCCUCUGCCGCCGCCACUGCCACCUCCCACCCGAACGGCCGCGCCGCCGUCGAGCCUGUCACCGUCGCCGCCCCGCUCCAGCACACCCUCACCCUGGCCCUCCCCAUCCAGAGACCCUCCGGAGGUGGCGGCGGCGGCGGCGGCGGUGGCCGCGAGGAUUGCUGGAGCGAGGGCGCCACCUCGACCCUGAUCGACGCGUGGGGGGAGCGGUACCUGGAGCUCAGCCGGGGGAACUUGAAGCAGAAGCACUGGCAGGAGGUGGCCGACGCUGUGACCAGCCGCGACGGCUACACGAAAACCCCCAAAACGGACGUGCAGUGCAAGAAUCGGAUCGAUACUCUAAAAAAGAAAUAUAAGAUCGAGAAAUCGAAGAUCGCCUCCUCUGCCGCAGCCACCUCCCCCUGGCCCUUCUUCGGCCGCCUGGAUGUCCUCCUCGGCCCCAACCACAAGCCCACCUCCACCCCCGCCCUGCCUGCCCCUGCCAAUCCCAGCAACCCCCACCAUCCCUCGAAAAUUCCGUCCGGAGUCCCGCUCCGACCCCCAAUCCAACCCCAAUUCCCCCAGCGGCACCGCACUCCGCACCGGAGCAACAAGAGGGGGAGAUCGCCGCCCUCGGUGUCGUCCCGGUCGGCGGGGCUGUCGGCGGACUCGUCUGAUGGGCUCCCGCCGGAGCCGGCAGUGAACGGGAAGCGGCGGAAGCGGGAGGCCGAGGUGGAGGAUGAGGAGGAGGGGCUGCAGGAGCUGACGGAGGCGAUACUGAGGUUCGCGAAGGUGUACGAGAGAGUGGAAAGCUCGAAGCUGCAGCAGGCCAUGGAGAUGGAGAAGCAGAGGAUGGCGUUCGCGAGAGAGCUGGAGGUCCAGAGGAUGCAAUUCUUCAUGAAGACCCAGAUGGAGCUCACUCAGCUGAAAAGCCGCCAUCUCGGGAGGAGGAGGAGAAGGGAUGAAGCUGGUGCCAGUGGCAACCACCGCCGCCACCACCAGAACGACAGCAGUAACAGUAAUACCAGUCACAACAGUGGGUAGAUAGAGAGGAGCAGGGGAGGUUAUUUGUCGUUUAGGUGGUGCGAAGGAUUUGGAACCCAGUGUUAGAUCUGAGUAUAAUAGGAGUUUGUAGACAACUCGACCCCAUCUCUGAAUCUGAAAAUGGUAGGGGGAAAUUGUACUCUGUUCUCUCUUGGCCAAAUUUGAUUGAUUAAUGUUAUGAUGAUGGUAAUUAUAAAAAUGGUCCAUUUCUUUAAAUGGAUGUGAUGUUUUCUGAAAGUUUUGGCAUCCAUGUAUUAGUAGGAGAGGUCUUGGACGUAUUUGUCUUUUUGGGCAGCAGGAAGAAUAUGGAAACCAAUUGUUAGGACCAUAUCCACAGUCGAUUUGCCUUUGGGCAAAUUUAAUUUUUCUUGUGAUGGUGAUUAUGAUAAUGAUACUUUUUUCUCUGUUUUUUGGAGA